UUCAGCAGGGACUGAGCCUCAUAUUAUAAUAGAGGGAAGAAUGGAUGGUGCCAAUACAGGGAAAUGCGGCAACCUGUUUAAUUUCAUUUCAUUUAAAGGGGAGCUUUGCUUUAAUGCUGUUGAUGCAAAAGGAAAAACUGAUGUUAAUUUCAUUUUUUGGCAAUGGAUAUCAGAUUUCAGAAUUUGUGGCCCGAAUAAAAAACAGAUUAAACAGAUAAACAAUAUAUAUAAGUUUAGGGUUUGUUUUUGGUACAAUAGGAGAAUUGGUUGAGGGUGUGAAUACUUGAGGGCUGGUGCAUGUGAGCUUACAAUCUCUUCUUUCUUUCUGUGUCCCCACACAGUGAAAUAUCCGAGCGACGAAGCGUUUUCAUAGCGUUUUCGAAGCGAUUUUCAGAGUGAUUUUCCCGAGAGAUUUCACAGCGAUUGUUUUAUAGAGAUAUUCAGCGAAAUUCCAUCUGAUUUUUGGCGUUUGGAGAAAACAUCUUCCUUUGACGUCAGCUGAUAUCUCUUCAUAACCCAACAGCUCUUUUAAGAGCUAAAAAACUUGGACGCAAUGCCUUUCUGCGCCCCCUGGAGGAGGCCACAGGCCGAAUCCAGUACCCUCUCUGAGAUUUAUAAGCCUCCUGACGGUCGGCUGACCAAGGAUGUGCUUCUUGGAGUGGGCGGCACCGGAGACGUCUACAAGGGUCGUCACCAUCAUAGAGGCGUGGUAGCGGUGAAGAUCGCCAACAUCAGCCGAGAUGAAGAGUCAGUCUGCAGGGAGCUGAAGUUUCUCCAGCAGUUCGGCGGCCACAAUAACAUCGCCUCUUACUAUGGAGCCUACUACAGGGCUCCACUCACGGAGUGCUCAUCGGAGCUCUUGGAAAUUGUUCUCGAGUACUGUGGUGGAGGCUCUCUCCACAACCUCAUCCACAAGACCAAUGGCCAAUCCCUGAAGGAGACCUGGAUCGGCUAUGUCUGCAAGGAGGUUUUAAAGGGGCUGCACCACAUCCACAAGAACCGGGCCGUUCAUAGAGACAUCAAGAGCCUGAACAUCAUGCUCACAGAGACGGCCAAAGUCAAGAUCAUCGACUUUGGAAACAGCUGGAACCUGGACCCGCAGACAGGAUUGUGCCAUGAAGCAGACGGGACUGCACAUUGGAUGGCACCCGAGGCCAUAAGGCAGAAGGGCCAGCGCCUGGCGUACGACACCAAAUGUGACAUCUGGUCGCUGGGGAUAACCGCCAUCGAAAUGGCCGAAGGAAAACCACCAUAUGCAGAUAUAUACCCUGUGGAGCAGCUGAUUAGAGAAGCCCAACCACCGAAGCUUCAAUCAGACAGAUGGUGAGUCGGUCCCAGCUUGUGUCACUGUACAUUGUACCUGUGCUUACAGACAUGGAACUCACAUUUUCUUAUUAACACUUGGGACAGUUGGCAACUCCUAUAUCCACUUAGCCGCUUCCACGGUCCUCACCUUCCCCUUGUCUGUAU